AUGGUCGGAACCAAUAAUACCGAUCCCAUUUGGCUACGUUCGUUCACUGAGAAUUCCUAUGAUCAAUUUCCACAUCCAGAAAAGAAUCCUGACUGUUUCAAGGCUUGGUUUCAUAUAGCUGGUGGGAAGUUAGAUAGUCUUGCUGAUUAUGAACUGUAUAUGAAGAAGGUCAUCUGUGAUAUCCAUUUUACAGACAGGGAUAGAAACUGUAAUAACCUGUUGAAUUUUCUAGCUGUGCCAUCGCUUCAUCUUCCUGGCAAGUCUGAUGAAAUUGUUACUUCAGAGAAAGUUUUACUUGUACCUGAACCUGUGAAUGAAGAAAGCAGCCUUGCUACAUUAACACUAACAGAUAACUCUGCCAGGAUUAAUUCAGAACACAAUUAUUGCCGACUGCAGAAGAAGGCAAUACAUAAAAACAAUAGGAAGUUUUUUUUAGACAUAUAG